ACUAGGAGCGAAGGCUGAAGGAAAGAAGUUUUGAGUAGGACAAAGAUUACAAGGUUUGUGGAUCCUGGGGUAAGAGAACCUCAUAGAGAGGUCGCGAGUGAGCCUUACAGGAGGGGAUCUUACUCCAUGGCGUAUACACCAGGCACUUAUGUGUCUCCCUUCCUGACGGCUCCAGCGUUACAAUCUCCCUGGCUGGCUGGGAUUCAGACAAUCUUUACAGGGAAGAAUGUCACAGAAUUCCUAGAUGAUUUGGAAGUGUUAGGAAUGCGAGCGGAAUGGAGUGAUCAAGAUAUGAUAGUGAACUUCCUCCACCAUACAGCCCCGAAAAUAGACCGUGAAGUGAGGGACGCCAUUCCAGAUAAUUGGUGUUGGUUGGCGUUUAGGGAGAGAGUCGCCCGAGUCUUCGCAUGUGACGAGACCUCUUACUCAAUAGACGAUUUGAAAAAGAUGAAGAAGCAAGAAGAUGAGAGUCUAGUUGCGUUUGCGAGGAGAUACGAGAAGGCGUCUAAUCCCCUGGUAGGAGGGUUUAUGGGGGAGAUAGAGCGAUGCGGGAUAUUUUUAGGGUUCUUAUCCCGAGAGAAACGCGAUAAGAUCAUGAGGGAUCUUCCGUCCAGGGUGGUAUUCGGUCAAGUCAAGCUUUUAGUCCACAACACGGAGGGGCAAAGCGCUAAAUCACACCUCGCAAGGAUUCUCGACAACCUAGGGAAGGAAGUAACUGCGGACAAUGGGGGAGGAAGACCUCACUAUGAGGAUAGAAGACCCCGAAUUGAAGGAAGAGAUCUCGGCACAGGGUCGCCUAGGAGGGGGGAGUCGGUCAGAGGCGAUAGCGAUUGGAAGAAAGGAGGAAGAGGGGACAGGAAAAUGAACGACGGAGAACGGGGGACUUCUUCCAAGUGGUCCAACAUUAAAGAUAGCCGGUGGAAGCCGAAUGAAGAGAUAGAGGUUAGGAGGUCUGAAAGACGAGAGGAGGAGAUGGUGAAGCAGAUAAAAAUCCUGAAGGCGGCGGUGGAGAAGUUACAAAGUAGUAGUCAAAGGAAGGAAGAGACCCCGACUCGGUCUGCUCCCCGAACGGAGAAUCACGGGGACCCUAGUCUGAAGCGGACUUGGAAUAGUAAGACCUGUAUCUACUGUGCAGAUGAGGACCACCAAAAGAGAGACUGUCGUGCGAUGAUGGAAGCCUUGACGGAGGACAUCAUCGAGUUAGAUGAUCGAAAGUAUGGGAUGUGGGCGGAUGAAGGGAAGCCAGUGCCCUUCCUACCCUCGAUGAAGAUUAAUGUAGAUAUCAGGAGGCGAAGGAUGAAUGAGGCGAAGGGGAAACAAGAACAAGAGCCAGCGGGAGCGAAGGUUUCCCGAGUGGCAUUCGAGGAGGAUCUUGAUGAGCUGCCGGAGAGUCCUGGGAUGAGGAUUUCAUCUAUUAAGUUUGAAGAAACAGAGGAUAAUGACGAAGUUUACGUUUGCACUCAGGGUGUUGGCGAGUCGAGUAAAGGAAAGAAAGAAGACCGAGACCAACCAAUGACGGACGAGCAAGUGGAGUCGCCUAAGUCACCUCAGUCCCCUAGAAAAAAAGGGGCCAAGAAAUUUCACUUAAAAAGUUCACUGGAUGAGGUAAAUUUGAGAGGGCCGUUAAGGAGGGUUAUGAAUAUGCCCAUUCCUAUUACCUUGAAAGAGUUGAUAGUCAGUUGUGGAUCAGCGCGGGGUGAGCUAAUAGAAAUGAUGAAGAAGGCGAAGGUGCCACUAGCAGAGGCUACGGCUUCAAGCGAGCCGAAGAUAGAGAUGAAGACAUCUGUUCUAGUGGCGGAGAAAGGAGAAGUAGGGCAUGUAGAGAUCAAUGAUGAUGGAGACGAUUAUUUUUAUGUCCUUGGUAGCGGGAAGUUGAACGCCAUCGUCAAUGGGAUAAGGAUGGAAUCUAUAGUAGACGACGGGUCUGAGUCUACCGUCUAUGAGGAUAAAGUGACCCGAAAGCUUGGUCUAGAGGUAGACAGGAGUGUAGCCAUGACCAUGGUAUCAGCCAACAAGCUAAAGCAGCUUGCGCUAGGGGUGUGUCAUAAAGCCAAAGUCGUAGCCGCUGGGGUCGGAGUCACUGUACCUGUAUUUACAGUUGAACACUGCUCUUCGGAGCUAAUCCUUGGACGAACAUGGCUGACACGUGUCAAUGCCACCACCGAGAAUAAGCGGGAUGGGAGCCAGACGGUUACCAUAAACGGGCCCGACGGAAGCAAGGUCACUCUUAAAACCGUGAACGAAUUUGACAAACGUCACAAGGUAUCCCUACAGAAUAGAAGGGUUGUUAAAACCAAGAAGUUGUCAGAUGAUUCCCGACGAAGUCGCUCUUGGGCCUCAUAAAGUAAAAGGCGCGAAGAUCG